GCCGCAUGUAGCGGUAUGUAGCCGCAUGUAGAGAGAGAGAGAGAGAGAGAGAGAGAGAGAGAGAGAGAGAGAGAGAGAGAGAGAGAGAGAGAGAGAGAGAGAGAGAGAGAGAGAGAGAGAGAGAGGCUGAUGUUUACGCCCUCGCUGGUCUUUUUGCAUAGGGUUAAUGUAAGGUUAAUAAUAUAAGGUUAGUAGGGUUAAUGUUGUGGAUGCUGACAUAAGGCUUGUCGGAGGCCCUUUCGGCUCAGGGUUUGAGGAGAGAGUGAGAAGAGGCAGUAGCAGGACAACGGUGAGACGAGACACACUGAGUUCAAUCACACUGUAGUGCUGACCGGAAGGAACCCGACUGUACCCGCAAAUGCGUUUGACCACUAAUCAAUAAAUGACGUGAGUUCGGCGCAGCGGUAUCAGUCACCUUUACUCACUCAAAUAAGCGCUGUUAUCAUCGCGCUUACAGUCAAACGCAUAAGGGUUUUGUACUGCUGACAGCGGAGACCGGAUCGAGUCCCCUGACCCAAGCCAACGGUGCCGUCGGCCGAGUGAAGGCACCACCUCCGACGCCUGGACGCAGGGACGUCGCUUGGAGAGGUCUGGACGCAGGGGGGCGAUACUUCGAGGAGUCUACAGAGGGCACUGUCCACGUUCGCGAGUGUUUGUAGUUUUGUAUGGUUGUGUGAGUGUACUGGACGGUGCGUUCGAGUGGGCUAAUUUUGCCACGUGGUUUACAUUGACGUGUGUGUGUGUGUGUGAAGAAAAUCUACGGAUGGUACAUGCCUAGUUUGCCACGUGGUUUACAUUGACGUGUGUGCGAAAAAUACUCUACGGGUGGUGCACUCCUAGUUUUUCAUGUUGGUUUAGUUGACAUGUGUGUUAUGAGGAACGAUUGAGUAUUGUAGUUUUACGGUUCGAGUGUGUGCUGGUUGCCUAGUGGCGUGCGAAAGUGAGGCCUUCCACCCUCGCACUUCGGCUGUGCAAGCGUACAUACGUAUAUGUAUGCGGUGGAACCGACUGAUGUCAACUCUCUCCUCUCUAUUGGCCAAGAGGUAAGCAAGCCAUCGUAACCAGACGGCGUACACAACGAUGUCACAAGGUAAGACAGACGGGCCGUCCAGCCCACUCUUUGAUGACAGUGAACUUGAACGGGAACGUGUAGUGGGGUGUGAUGAAACCGGUGGGGAACAUGUAGUGGGGUGUGAUGAAACCGGUGGGGAACGUGUAGUGGAGUCGAUCGACACCUACGAUGGUGAGUCGAGCGGCACACACCUAGCGGGAGAACCUCUUGCUCACGGUACACCGGCAAGCCUCAAACCCUCGGAAGAGCAACCAGCUUCGCUGUCGUUGGCUGUACCGGACGACACACCAGUAGUGGCAGAAGCACCGGAAUCAACAGGACCCACGGAGGACGUCAUCCCCGUCGGCCCUGUGACCGGCGAGGAGUUAACUCGUUUGGUCGCAACAAUGGUGGAGGAUCGCAUGAAGCUGUGGAUUAGGGAUGAUCGUACUCAUCAGCCGCGACGCGAUAUUAGGGCACGCGACAACAGUUAUCGGGCUGCAAAUGAGGAAACACGGUAUGAGCGCGAAGAAAACACUUCACGGCUCUCCGUCAGGGUGGACAACACAGGUCCAACAUGCCAUGGAACAGACGGAGGAGACACAGGGUCCUCGGCUGGCGAGGAAAUACAUACUGGACGCGACCUUGGGCGCGUUGUACAAAAACAAAAAACAAAGGUUCGGGCCUCAAAUGAGGAGACACGUAUUGGGCGCGCAAAGGAACGGCCACUUCCCGUCAGGGCGAGCCAUGGCGGCUCGAGAUUCCUCCUUGAGGCAGACGGUGAAGAGGCUGAAACCACGGAAGAAGACGCAGGUAUUGGGCGCGCAAGAAAAAGAUUGGGUCUUCUCACCAGGACAGGCCGUCGGGGUCUCCGGGCCCGCCGGGAAAUAGGUGGGGAAGAUAUAAUGACCUCAAACGAUGAGGCAGAUCGCAUCAGGCGCGCUAAGAAAAAGAAAAACAAUAAAGACCCGAAAACCGGCCGUAGAACCGGCAGGGUAGAUUCUGGGUCCUCAAGUGAUGCAGUUAUGUACGCCAGACGCGUGAAGAGGUACAAGUCUGAAGCCCGCCGGACAAGACGACGGAAGAUGAGGAGAGACGCCGUUAGCACCUCUAGUGCCUCCAGUGAAGCCAGUGAAGAUGACGAAGACAGAGAUAUCUACGCCGGGCGGACCAAAAGGGGUAACGUGUCACGGAAGAGGGCGAGGCACGCCCGCAAGACGUACCUGGACAGGGACGAGGUCGGAGGGAGCGGAGCCCUCAUUGAAACGGUCCGCAUGAUGCAAGCGAAGCUUCCCACGCUCCGUGCCGGCAGCGUUGAGAACUACUGGGCAUUCAAGAGACAAUUCCAAGAAUUUGUCCUCGAUACGUCGGCUUCAGACAUGCACAAGCUCAAUCAGCUAUACACCAACUGCGACGGGGAAGUGCAGCUACUGAUAGCUCACUGUAUGGCACUCCCAGCAGAACAAGGCCUUGUAGUGGCCCUGGAGAUCCUGGAUGAACGGUUCGGGGAUGAAAGAGUCUAUAUGAAUCAGUCAAGAGAGAGACUAAUUAGAGGACCGACGAUCUCGGAGAACGACUAUCAGUCCCUCUCCCGAAUGUGUGCCCAACUGACGUCGUACAUCUCCUUCGCCGAGAACAUAGGAAAACUGGCGGAGAUCGACAACACACCCACCAUCAGGGACAUUCUUCUUCGGCUGGACGGAGCGAUGCAAACUCGUUGGAACGCUCGGUGGACGGGAAAGAGGGGCAAGUGCACCCAACGUAUUAAGGAUGUUCUACACUUCGUAAAGAAGGAGACCAAGAGAGUGGAAAAUGACCUCCUUUUGACGGAACGCCACGGCACCGAAUUGCAGAAGCUAUAUGGGGGAGAGCGAGGGAGCAAGAAUGACACAACCGGGAAGUCUGGAAGAGACACUCCAGCCGCUGGUACAAAACGGGACGCCAACCCUUCUACCAAAUCGAGUGGCCACGACGUAGUCCUAACAACACAGAGUAAACCCCUGGCGAGGGCCGGCGGCGACAAGUGCCGUCUAUGCGGGGAGAUGCACUCCCUCCCCCUGUGUGCUAUAUUCCGAUCGCUGUCUGUGGGUCACCGAAGAGGGGUGGUGAGGGCACAAGGGAGGUGCUUUAUGUGCCUCCGAGACGGCCAUCUCGUGAAGGACUGCAGGGCUCGGCCUUGCGACAUAGGAGGCUGUAAUGGGCGACACUCCAGGUGGCUCCAUGACAUCAUACCAGGAACCAAAUCACCCAGACAGGAGAUCGAGAGGCCUAGACAUCACGAACGGCCUGCGGCCCCAGGGGGGUCGAACAACAGGGACUGACUAGGGCGAGUAAGCC